UCAAGCGCAAUGUCCAAGAAGCCGGCUUGACUGCGACUUACUACCUUAGCAGAUGUUCGUAUCCUACAAGACAGUGCAGUAGUGAGUUGACAAAAAUGUCAAAGGGCUGUCAACAAUGGUCAACCAACGACCACGUCGUCCUUGUGCGAUAGUCAGGUUUACGACGGGAGUGCGGCCCCCGGCGCCAAGAGCACAUCACUGACUGGAGCGGAGAGGUCGGAACACCACGGAGAGGCGCGCGCACCGCGUACAGUCCUUGGCUUGGAUCUACGGACAGGCAGUCCGUGCAGCGCUUUGCGGACAAGCCAAUGAUAAUAGUCAGCGAGUCUGAGAACGGCACAGAUCAUUCAGCUGACGGUUGCGGCACUGUGGACAGACAGUAAACAUGGCUAGAUAGUGGACUAGUAUAAAGAUCUACUGGCUGGAGUCCAGCCCUUCGUCUUUUCUAGAUCAACUGGCUGUGUCAGUGAAAGAAAUUUCUUAAACCGAAAAUUGUGUUAUCGACUGAGUUAUUCUUUGGCCUAGAGGUGGAAAGUCUUGCAGUUUGCUAAGUGGACAUGGUAGCGGUGCUUGCUGAGUGAGAGUCCACGCUACGUAUGGUGCCAUUGGUGGUGAAACCAUGACUACGGAGAGUCUCAGCAAGGAAGAGUAUCUGCUCCGCCUUGUAAAGAGUAACAAUCAUGAGGAAUUGAGGAAGGAAAUCCUUCACGAGGACAUGACAUUGAAGAAGGCUGUAGCAAACUUGACAUAUACCAACGGAGAGGGAGCGAAGGAACCAUUAGUGGGUCGGUUGCUAUUCAAUGCUUGCCGUGAUGUUCGGCUGGAGUGUGCCUGCUUCCUUGCGGACUGUUGCGGAGAAACAGUGAUCAACCAGUGUUAUCUCUAUACUGACGGAAAUGGUAUACGGCGGCGCACUCCACUACAUAUGGCAUGUCGGAGGGGUCACAUUGAUAUGGCCAAGCAUCUUGUCAAGUGUAAAGCCAACGUGGACAAGACUGACAAUGACGGUAGCCUUCCUGUUCAUUGCGCUGCCAAGAAUGGACAUCUGGAAGUAGUCAAGUAUCUACUAAAUCUUCAACCCGACACGAUCUCUGCAAAGAAAGAUAACGGUAGCCUUCCUGUUCAUAGCGCUGCCGAGAAUGGACAUCUGGAAGUAGUCAAGUAUCUACUAGAUCUCCAACCCGACACGAUCUCUAUGCAGGGCAGGAACGGUAACCUUCCUGUUCAUUUUGCUGCCUGGCACGGGCAUCUGGAAGUAGUCAGGUAUCUACUAGAACUCCAACCCGAUAUGAUCUCUGUGAAGGGCAGUGACGGUAGCCUUCCUGUUCAUUGCGCUGCCAAGAAUGGACAUCUGGAAGUAGUCAAGUAUCUACUAAAUCUUCAACCCGACACGAUCUCUGCAAAGACAGAUCACGGUAACCUUCCUGUUCAUCGGGCUGCCAAUACAGGACAUCUGGAACUCGUCAAGUAUCUACUAGAUCUCCAACCCGGCACGAUCUCUGCAAAGAACAAUAACGGUAGCCUUCCUGUUCAUAGAGCUGCCGAGAAUGGACGUCUGGAAGUAGUCAAGUAUCUACUAAAUCUCCAACCCGACAUGAUCUCUGCAAAGAACAAUGUAAGUUGAGCAAUCUCUAUCCUUGAUUCUUCUUUAGCAUUUUUUUACUAGAACUCCAACCCGAUACGCUCUCUGUGAAGGGCAAGGUAAGUUAAGCAAUCUUUUCUUCUUCAUU